UGCAAUAAUUUCUUGGGUGCAAACAGCUUAAAAAGGGGCAGUGGAGAUCUCAGAUUCCUCAGCAGCUCUCUUUCCUGUGCCAGAAAGUUUGCUGUAAGAGAAAGCUUGGGAUUUGCAAAGCCAAACUGCAUCUGUCUUCUCUCUUCUUUCUUGGACAUAGACAUAUAUCAGUAGAAAAGAGAAGAUGGGCAGCAGUUAUUUUGGAGAACCAAACAUGGGAAAUGAAAGAGGAGGGUUGUCGUCGUCGUCAUCUUCAAGGAAAGGCAAGAAGGGUAGUUCAGAGAAGCCUAAGCAACCUCAGAGAGGGCUUGGUGUUGCUCAAUUGGAGAAGAUCAGAUUACAUGGACAAAUGGGUUGUUCCUACCAUCCUUCUCUUCAUGGACCUUACCCUGGAAAUUUCAGCCAGGAAGACAUGAGAGUUCAGACAGCUUAUUCAUCUCUGCCAUCAUCAUCUUUUUCAUAUUCAUCAUCCUCAUCAACUUCCUCAGCUUCUUAUGGUUUCCACCCCAGCAUGGUGCUGCUGUAUUUCCUAAUAAAUGAUGAGAUGGGGUUGGGCGAAUAUGAUCAAAGAGCAAAUAUCAGAUAUGGUGAUUACCAACCUAGUAAUACAGCAAGUUGGAACCCCGGUAGUGGCAUCUUAGACAGUCAACAUUCUGCACAACCAAACAUGACCAGACAGCUUCUAAACCUGCAUGUUGAGGAUUCACAACCAAAAACGAGCAAGAAACACCGAAGCAACUCAUUGGGAUCCAGUAGUCAUAAUUCUGAAUCAAGUGACAAACAAGAGCUAGAUUUGGAGCUCAGACUGUCAUUGUAAUGAGUAAUUUUCUACUACUUAAAUGCAUAGGAUUGAAUUUUAUGCUUCCCUUACAAUUGUAAGUCCAAGAUAAGCAUUAGUUGGUCUUUCAAUUCACAUACAAGCAAGUAGAUGAACUUGUUUGAACUUCAUUUGAAAGGAAU